AUGGGCUGGAGCAAGAGAAGCUUCUUGGUUCCUAUGGGAGACACAUCUAAACGAUCAGUUGUGGAAGGCAACUGCUUAGCUGCGAGGACCUGCAUUCUCAUCCUCCUGAUCUUGGCCCUUGACGGUUGCUUUAUUUUAGAGCAACCUGCACAAUCCUUUUUCCAAUACUACCCCAGAUUCAGAUCUCUAUGUUCCGUUGUUAAGAUUCACAAAGUGGUGUGGUAUAUGCUGCACUACGGGGCCAGAACACCGAAGCGACACUUCGCAUGGUCCAACAGUGCUGUUAUUCAUCGCCUGAACAGGGGGAAAAUGAGGGGUUGGAAGAAGGCAUUGUCAAAUCAUACGGUGAAGCACUAUAUCAAGAACUCCAAGCAGAAGUACGUGGGGACCAAGCACUUGAAGAAAACGGAGUAA